AUGUUUUUCCUACGCGCGGGCUCUCGCCUCUCUCCCUCCCUGCGGCACAACACAGCCAUCCUCCGCAGCUACUCCAGCUCCCAAAUUCCCGCUGAUCUCGAUUCGAUUCUUGCGACACCAAGCUGGUCGGUACGAUCCUUGCUUCCCGAUGAAAGUUCUCAAUCAGCCACGCCUCCAGUCACACCGGAGAAACUCCGCCAUCUACUUCGCCUAUCAGCCUUGCCGCAACCCUCGAGCGCAGAAGAAGAGCAAUCCAUGCUGCGCACGUUAGAGUCACAAAUACAUUUCGUGAAAGAGAUGCAGCAGGUUGAUACUACUGGCGUGGAGCCAUUACGUAUCAUUCGCGAUGAAACACCCGCUGCUGUGAAAGAAACAACUAUCGGGCUUGACCAGCUUCGCGAUGCGCUCGCCAAGGAACAAGUCAGUGGGCGACAAAGGAGGAUAAAGCGGAUUCAGACCGAGAAGAAUAACCAACCCGAUGGACCAGCUUGGGAUGGAAAUGCACUUGGCUCUGCUUCUAAGACGAAGGGGAGAUACUUUGUUGUUGAAAGCAGCAGUAAAUGA